AUGCCGCCGACAAAUGUUCUCCUCGCCGGAGACGCUUCAGUUGAUGUCUUGAUAUACCCAGCCCGGCCAGGCGAGAAUACAUGGCAUAGACAUAUGCUCAAAACCUGCAGGCAGAGGAGCGGGGCCACUCUAAUUUCAAAAUUCCUGAGCUAUGUCGCUCUUGAUUACGAUCUCAAAAUCCAUGAGCCAAUACUUGUCGGCCCGGUAAAUAUUCAACACGAGUCUGUCAAAUCAAUUUUGGAAUUGGAGAUACAUGAUGACAACGACCCUUCCUAUCUUACGUUGAGACUCAAUCGCACCCAGCAGUUGAAUUAUCAGUCUACAUGGCAGUCUCCAUGGUCUUCAGCUUCUUUGGGGACUAUUGACAGUACUGAAAAAGACAUUUUGGUUUUCCAGGAUGCCGAGGGCUCUUUCAACAAUCCAGACGAUGCGAUACAUCUUUUGCAAAACGUUCGACCUGGAGUUCUUAUUUACCACAUGGCACCCAGGCUAGCCCUUGGAAGUAUCUGGGAAACUAUUCGAAAUGGUGUAUACAUGGAUGGGGGCACCCAGGAUCCGGAAAAACUUGUCGUCGUGGUAAGCGCAAACGACCUCCGCGCCGAAGGUAUACAACUUUCACAUGGGCUGUCUUGGGAAAAGACUUGCGAGGAUUUUAUCGAACAGCUCGGAUCUGUAGGCAGCCUAGUGUCUUUGGUAACCUGUGCCCAUCUUGUGGUAACAUUCAGCUGCGAUGGGGUGAUAUAUCAUCGUGGAGGGCAAUUAAACCAACCGAUUCUAUACUUCGACCCACAUUGCAUCGAAGGGGAAUUCCUGCGACAAAAUUUGGGAGAGGUCCCAGGGAUAAAAGAAGCUUUUAUCGCGGGCAUGGUCACACAUCUAGGCGGGUCAGUGAGGAACCUAGAAGAGGCUAUCGAACUAGCGCUUCUAUCUUCCAGGCGUCUAGCGGCCUCGGGUCUUGUUCGGGGCCUAAAUUCUACAGACAAACCAGAGCACCUAGUGUCUCACAUAAUGGGCACUUUGGUCCCAUCCGAAUAUUCCAUCUUUAAAUUAUCAAUUCCUUCGGAUGUUAUUGGUAGUGGUUCAGAUCACUAUUGGUCAAUUCUAGACCGCAUGGUCGGUGACCCAGCCCAAGUGGCCCGGGACGUCGUUAAACAUGGGAUUACUUCUUCUGGCUCAAGCGGAAUACCUACGGCGCGAUUUGGUCGACUCGUCCUAGUCGACCGUCACGAAAUCGAAUCGUUUCGGAUCAUAUCGAAUGUUCUGAGGGAUUAUAUCGACCUUCCGCAAACUAGGCCUAUCAGCAUAGCAUUUUUUGGACCGAGAGGUUCUGGGAGGUCGUAUGCCGCCAUCGAAAUGGGUAGGACUUUGUUAAAUGGACGAAAGAUUUCUAAAUUUCGUAUGGACCUUACCCAAAUCUCAACUCCAACGGAUUUGAUCCCAAUAUUUCACUCAAUCCGCGAUUGUAACUUGGAGGGCGGUUUCCCGUUAGUUUACAUCAAUGGAUUCGAUACUCUAGUACCUGGAUCUUCUCUUCCCUGGUUGUUUCACCUAUUAACACCGAUGCUCCACGGGCGAUUCGUAGAUAAUGGCGAGAGCCGACCUAUUGGGCGAGCAAUCUUCUUCCUUGGAUCAAUCAACUUCAAAACCUACCAGAAGUUCCAGAACCAGCUUGGGGGUAGUUCUCGCGGCUUGACACCUCCACGGUUCGAAGAGUUUUUAGGAUGCCUUCAUGGAUAUGUCAACAUGCUAGGGCCUGAUUGCGUCGGGGAGCAUGAUAGAUUAUAUCCUGUCCGCCGAGCUGUCAUUCUACGAGAACUUCUCGACAAGAGGGAGCCUAAGCUGAAAGUCGAUGGGAAAAUAUCAAUCGACGAGAGCGUUCUUGAUGGUUUAUUACUCGUGCCAUCGUAUAGACAAGGAAUACGGUCCCUAAAGUCAAUUAUUUCGAUGAGCAGGCUCAAUGGCGCUCAUCAAUUUGAAAGAGCUGCAUUGCCACCUGCCGGUCAACUAGAUCUCCACGUCAAUAGCGAUGAAUUUAUGAGAUACCUUGACGGGAAGAUUCUUGCCGAGUCCGUGAGAGAGCACUUGGCGCAAAACAUUCACAUAGAAUAUCUUAAAAAGAGAUUUUCUAUGGGGAUGAGCGAUGAAGAUCGGAAACGGCCAGGACACCAGCCUUGGGACCAGCUCCCCGAAGAGUUUAGAGAGUCUGCUAGAGCACAUGCAGAUAAUAUACCACGAAAAUUGAGGCUCAUCUCAUGCUUCCUUGCCGAGAAGCAAGAUCAUAUGCACCGCAAACCGGUUGAAAAAUUCAGCCCUGACGAAAUCGAGGCUCUAGCGAAGCACGAGCACGACAGAUGGAAUGCCGAAAGACUGCAAAAACAAUGGACAAAAUCUUUUAACACAGAUCCGACUGUUCGAACUAGUUCCUUUUUGGUUGCUUGGAGCGACCUUGCAAAGGAGUGGCAAGACGUUGAUCGGGAGCUGGUGGCAUCUUAUCCAAAUAUUCUUCCUGAAGAUUACCAGAUAUACCGUAUGGGGGGUGUUAGGUAA